CGACUACCACGACGUGUAUUGGACUAUGGCUAUCUCCUCUACCCCAUCUCUCGCAACAAUAGGUACUUGUGUGGCGCUGGCCGCCGCCUCACUUUCUGCGGGCUACUGGGUUGGUGCUGAAAGCGCACGUCGACAACUCGCUCGCGUCGCGGCGGAGGCACCUUGCCAAAAUCCACGGAAAGAGCCCACCAGUGAAGAUGAGAGCGACAGUGACAGCGACGAGGAAUUCGCUGAUGGGGACCUCGCCUCUGUAAAGGUUGACCCCGGUGAUCAGUGCAAAAUGGUGCUUGUGGUGCGCCAGGACCUCGGAAUGAGCUCCGGCAAAAUUGCGGCUCAGUGUUCACAUGCGACGCUAGCUUGCUACAAGACUUUGGCUUCGGCCAACCCAUUGCUUCUAAGGCAAUGGGAACGCGCAGGACAAACAAAGAUUGCCUUGCGUUGCUCGGACGAGGAGGAGCUGUUGACUCUGCAGGCGCAGGCGCAGAGCCUGAACCUAUGCGCGCGCUCCAUCCAGGAUGCAGGCCGGACACAAAUCGCCGCCGGGUCGAGGACCGUGCUGGGCAUCAUCGGGCCCGCACGACUCGUCAACCAGGUCACGGGGAAGCUUCGUCUGCUGUAAGGCGGGCUUCCUCUAGCCCCGGAUGGUGGUGGCAUGGGAGUGGCACGGCGGGCGAAUUAUCAGGCCGCGCGCGCGCCGCCUUGGUGGAUGGACAUGGGAUAGUAGACAUAGCCUCUGUAGACGAUGAUCAGCCAAAUGCAACUGUCCAUGGUGACGACGCCGAAAGCGCGUGGAAAGAGCC